CAGACAGGCUAGGGUGAAAGAGGAGGAGCAACAUGUCUGUGAAGUUUAAAGCUCAGGACAAACCUGCCCUCGAUCCUCUCCAAACUUUUACGCACCGACAGUCUGUGGAUGUAACUUCUGAUCCAAYUGUCAGCAUCCAGGAUGAGUAACAGAACGAACCGGACCAUGGACCCGGGCUGCAUGGGCCAGCCUCCUGUCGCCAUCCAAAUCAUUCAGAAUUUGGACAUUUUUGGCGUCAUCCUGUAUUCUGUUCUGACUUUUAUGGCAGCGUUUUCCUUGCUGAUUUUUCUAGAAGAAUGCAUCUACAUUUAUAGAAAAGUUCCUGCCAAUAAGAAGAGUUUAAUUGUCUGGGUGAAUGGGGCGGCUCCGGUGAUCAGCACUAUGUCAUGUCUGGGAAUGUGGAUCCCCAGAGGUGUCAUGUUUACWGACAUGACCUCUGCCUGCUAUUUUGCAGUUGUGGUGUUCAAGUUCCUGAUCAUGAUGCUGGAGGAGAGCGGCGGAGACGAAGCCUUCCUGAAGCGCUCGAGCAAACACAAACUGAAGAUCAGCACGGGGCCCUGCUGCUGCUGCUGCCUCUGUCUCCCACACGUGGCCAUCACACGGCGCUCUCUCUUCCUGCUCAAGCUUGGCUCCUUCCAGUUUGCCCUCAUGAAGAUUGUCUUCACCAUCCUUUCCAUUGUUCUCUGGACCAACGGGAACUUCGAUGUGACCGACAAGAAAAUCACCGGGGCAGCGAUCUGGAUCAACCCGUUUGUGGGCGUUUUGACCAUCACCGCUCUGUGGCCCGUGGGAAUCCUCUUCAUGCACCUGAAGACCACCUUACAAACAAUAAAGAUCGUUCCYAAGUACGCCAUGUACCAGCUGGUGCUGAUCCUGAGCCAGCUGCAGACGGCCAUCAUCAACAUCCUGGCCAUGAACGGAAUCAUCGCCUGCUCUCCGCCGUUCUCAUCUCAGGCCAGAGGAUACAUGCUGAGUCAGCAGCUGUUGAUCCUGGAAAUGUUCAUCAUCACGCUGGUCACACGGCUGCUGUAUCGACGACAGUACAACCCCUUACCCACAGAAGAGCACAACAACAAGGAAAACACCUGCAUGGUUGCGUUAUCGAACUCUGCGUGAGAGGAUUCAUCCCAGUGACUUUAAGUGUGCGUGUGUGUGUGUGUGUGUGUGUGUGUGUGUGUGUGUGUAUGUGUGUGUGUGGGAGACAGAGACAAAAAGAGGAAGCUGACAUUAUUUUUCUGCAAGUAUUUGAAUUUUUAAAAUGAUUAAUUGUGAAUAAAAGCUUUGUUAUACAUUUCAAGGGAACAAACUGCCAGCAGGAACAGGUUCAUUUAUUGAGUCACUUUUGUUACUGAAAUAGACUAGCCAACCGCCAUCUUGCUAGGUGCUACGAGGCGUCCUGAGUUACUGCCGAGAUGUCAGCAGACCAUAGAUAUCUGAGGAAAUAAACUAAAAAAGAAUUAUUAAAAACUGCACUUCAACCUGCUCCUCGGUGGUCUUGGCAUAAUUUAAAUAUCUGCUCAGUCUUUAGGUAGUAAAACUCAGACCAUGACGCUUCCUCCACCAUGCUUCACAGAUGGGAUGGGACGCACAUUUUUGCUGCUACUUUGACCAGAAUGGUUUUGUUACUUGUUCAUAAAUCUACUCUAUUUUUGCAUAACAAGCUGAGCUGGGAUCGCCCCCAGUUUUCUAUAUCAGGGGUGAAAAAAAUCAUAAUGAAUGAUUGUUUAAAAAAAAUAAAGUGCUGACAUUCAUUUUCUUGUCAUAAAAACCAGUGGAAUUGUUACUUUUGUUUAAAACUGUUGUGUCUUCAUUUUUUUGUUUUCCCUAAAUGAGGGUGUUUUUUUUUUUGAAAAGUUUAAAAAUGUUAAAGAUCAGUGUUAUUUGUACAGAGGUUCUGACACAAACUGUGAAUCAUUAAACCUAAAUAUAUAUUCUAAUAUAAAAAAUAUUCAGUGAUUACGGUCAUUGUCCAAACACACGUUUACAUUUUGACAGGAAUUUUUUAUAUCGUUUUGAAACAAGAAUACAUAUUUUUCCAGCUAUUCUCUAUUACAGUUUUUAAAACUGUAAACCUGAGCUGAUCAGUUCUAGCAACACUGCACUAAAUUAAAUGAUGAAAUCAACUUUUUUACAAAAAAGCCAAAUAUGUAUACARUUUCUCAAAUAUUAAACAAAACUAAACUCUAUCAAAAUGAUCAGUUGUUUUGAAUAUAGGAAGCAAUUUAAAUGUUAUAAUUUAUUUGAUAACUGUAAACCUUUUAUCAAUUAUGAGCCCCACAGUUAGGCUUAAAUACAUUUGUAUUGAUUACUUGUGAUUUUUUCCCCAAUAUAUCUUCUUUAUGUUUACCACUGCUGGGUCUGUAGCUGACUGUUAAUAAAAAGGCAUUUUAAACAAAA